AUGUCCACAGAACUUACUGGGACGCAAGCGCCCUCAGAGGGAAAGUGGGAGAGGUUUGACUUCGGUUGGCUGCAGGGCCACACAGCCGAGGCCUUCCAGCGAGCGAGCGCUUGGCUCCCUCAUAUCGGUGUCGAGCCGAGCAGGGUGGAUGUCGACACGAAGCCCCUCUCCACGGAAGGGGCAAGGAUAUUUCGUGCAGACGCCAACCGGACUUUCCGAAGUGAGCCGAAUCGUCUCAUUUGUAUCAAGCUGCUUUCCUUCUCUCAGCAGAAGUUCGGAGAUUACCAGCAGUCCCUGGGGUAUGUUGCAGGCUUGCUGCUGUUGUUCUUCGAUCCAGCCACCUGCUUCAAGGUCUUGACUGUCCUCAAUGACAGUCCAAAGUAUUUGCCUGGAUACUGGCGUGGAGAGGCAACUGCCUGCGCUGUCGAUGGGUAUGUGUGCGAGAGCUUGCUGAAACAGCACCUCAGACAACGCUUGAAGGAGCUUGGACUGCUGCCAGAGACCUUCGUGCAGAAGUGGUUUGCCGGGCUUUGCAUCCACCAUCUCCGCUAUGGCGUCCUUUUCGACUUCUUGGACAACUUCUUCCGAGAUGGCAACGCUUACUUGUUUCAGUUCUUUCUGGCCUUCUUCGAUGAGUUUGAGGCCGAGAUCAUGAAUGCGGCUAACAACCCAGAAGCCAACAUGCUGAUACGCUUUGAAUCCGCUCCGCAAGAGCGCCUGGCGAAGGUUGUGAAGGCAGCCACCGAGGAGAGAUAUACCGAGAGAGUGAAGUCGCUGAAUGUUCAUCAGUGUCGCAUUACAGCCUUUCAGGACACGCUGUCACGAAGGCUGCAAAGUGCCAAUGAGGGUAUGUGGCAAAAGAUGGACGAUGGCAUUACCUUCUCGGAUGAAGAAGAUGGAUGA